GAUCGGACAAACUUCCUUCGUUGGACACCAUCUUCUUCUUCUCUUCUAUCCAUCUGGCUCUUUCUCCCUUUCUCCUCUCUUUCUUAGGGUUUGGUCUCUUCAAUCUUUCUCUACACCUCUUCAUCCAAACCCUCUCAAAUUCAUUCCAGUCCUCAAUCAAAUCGGAAACCCGUUCACAUAAAGAUUCAAUCUUUUCCUUUCCUUCUCUGAAACACAUAAAAAAAAAAUUGAGGGUUUUGCAUCCAAUUAUGAAUAUAAUCUCGUCCUCACCGCUGGUCGUCUCCGCCGUCGUCAUCUUCGAGCUUGAGAAUCUUCGUGUCUUCGGUCCCGGAUUGAAUCCCUACUGCAUCGCCAAUCACUCUCGCUAAAUUGUUUUCUUUUCGUUUUCUUUUUUCCUAAACUUGUUUUCAAUCCCUUUUCUAAUUUCCAGUGGUUUCCCUACAAAUCAUGUAAAUCUUUGAGUCUUUAGUCUUGAAAAUCUUGAAUCUUGAAUUUGGUUUCUUGAAUAGAAGAAGAGGUCAAAGACUUGGUUUGGUGUGUUUAUCUUUGUUUUGGGUGUAUAAGUAAAUAGAAGCUAUGCUGCGAGAGCAGGAGCGAGGGUCGCUCAGGCGGAGCUUGUCGAGGAGGCGGUCGUUUCGGUCUGGGUUGGGUAUGGAUGACAGAGGCUGGACUCUGCUGCAUAUCGGUUCUCGCAAGGGUGAUCUGAAACAGGUGAGGCGACUUCUUGACGAGGGAAUGGAUGUGAAUGUUGCUGCUUGGGGUCCCAAAUCUAAAGGGAUUACCCCACUUCACCUUGCGGCUGAGGGUGGCCAUGUUGAGGUCAUGGAUGAGUUGCUUGAGCGUGGUGCUAAUAUUGAUGCCAGAACUAAGGGUGCUUGCGGCUGGACUCCGCUUCACAAUGCAGCCAAAGAGAGGAGGAGGGAAGCAGUCAAAUUUCUAGUAGAGAAUGGGGCAUUCUUGCCAGAUGACAUGUAUGAUUGUAGGUUUAAUCCUCCACUCCAUUAUUGCCCCGGUCUUGAGUGGGCUUAUGAGGAGAUGAAGCGUCUUCAGAUAGAAACAUCAUCAUCAGGGGACAGCUCUUACAGUUCUGAGAGCUAAAGCUUGCUGCUACUGUGUCCGUGCUGCAUUGCUUGGUGAUUGGUCUUGUUAUAUCUGCGUAACAAUAUACCUAUAGAAAUAAGAGACCUCUAUUCACCAUCGCUUUUCUGCUGCUGCUAUCUUGCGUAAUGGAUAUGAUGGGUAUUUCAAAAGAACUGUUAUAUGCUUCCAGUUAAACUGUUGUUUGUGUCAGUGUCUCAUUACAAUGACCAAAACCUGGUAUCACCUAUCUUCUUUCUCCCAGAGAUUUGUGAUGUAAAGAAUAAGAAUCUAGUUCUAUGAAGUUCCUUUUGGGAUUACAUUAGUACUCUGGGAGUUCUGCUUGUGUGUGUUUGAUGUUUGUAUGACUUGGAUGUCACAAUCCAUUUACUUGUGUUCUAUCUUGUUAUUGAUUGCGUUGAUUAAUUUUGAUCGUGUUUAAUAAUUUUGGUCC